AUGAAAAUCACCAGUCUAAAAAUCCAACUUUUAAGUUCUGAAAAUGUCCGUUUUAACGAAAAUUGUUCAUUAUUUUUAAAUGAUUGGGUUAAAAAUUUACAGACAACUCGCAAUCGACUGACGUUCUCAGUUCAGCAGCAGCGUGUCUCUCUACCUACAGUAGUGUUACUGAGUUCUGGAUCAAACGAAAUAGCAACUGCUGGUGUAGGAGCAGAUUUUGGUGCAGCGUUGGGAUUUUCAGGAAUAAGAUUGUGCCCCAUUGGACUUAAAAAGCCGUAUAUUUUAAAUGUUCAGUGUACGAUAUUUCUAAACACAUGCAGCAUCUCCAAUGAGGAUGGAUGCUUCUUAAUAUGUAAUUCGAUGGCCAAUUUGAAAGGAAACAAAAUGGCCUUCUUUUUUAUAAUGUUCGGUUUUUUAAUGGCAACAAUCGCUCAUGGCUCUAUUGAAUUCACUGCUUUGAAGAAUCUGCAGGAAUGUCUCUGUAUGAAUAAUGGCGUGGCAGUGAAAGCUUGCUUUUCCCUGACUGAAGCGUGUGAUAUCAUUGCGGUCUUUGGUGGGCGCUUUGGAAAAAAACGAUCUUUUUCUUCGCUUCAAUUUCUAAAUGACGACAUCUGUUUGUACUGCCUUCGAAGCGUUACAUAUGCACUCAAGAAUAAAGAGCUUGUUUUUAUUCAUUUAACUUUCUUAAUGGCGACAUCAAGCCAAGACUUUGCUGGAAUCCGUCUCUAG